AUGCAUUCGGAUCAGUGGAUACGUCAAGGUGUCGUCCUCACUGUCGUGGCCGGUCAAGUUGUGGAAAGUCGCCUGCUCAGUCGCCUGAUGAUUCGAUGGACUGUUCGCAACAUUACUCGUUCGGGUGAAGAUCGAUCCAUCUCAUUCUGGCAUCAACUCGUGACCAAUCCGGUCUUUGUGGAUAUUCUCACGAACCAAGCCAAACGUCUGUCCCUACCCCCAGUACUUGUUUAUGGAUCCACCGCACUGUACCGAUUCCCCGACCGUUUGCGAAAUGCGCUACACAAAGAGUUGACUAUGCGCUGUCUUAAGACCCUGUUAUAUUCAUCAAAGCGGGACCGGAAUGAACUGCAUGCCUCUAUCGAGGCAUUGCUCGCUGCAACUCCGUGUGACGGGUCAUCACAAUCCUGCUAUUCAGAUCCCGGUAAGUAUUAA